AUGUUCUAAGUUGGUAAUUCGGUUGCUCGUCGUUCUGUCGCCUAAUCACAAUACCGUUAAUUUUCAUCGUCUAAUCGGAUAGUAGAUUGAUGGAAAGUAACAAUUAUCCGUUAAUUAUUUACAAGGAUCUUUGAGAAGAUUUUGAUAUCGAUCCAAGAGGCUGAUACUGGAAUGAGUUCCCCCAUGUCCAGUCUAAACAGUCUUUUCUCAUUCACGAGUCCUGCUGUAAAGAGACUUCUUGGUUGGAAACAAGGAGAUGAAGAGGAAAAAUGGGCAGAAAAGGCAGUUGACUCGUUGGUAAAGAAAUUGAAGAAAAAGAAAGGUGCAUUAGAAGAGUUGGAGAAGGCCUUGAGUUGUCCUGGCCAACCAAGCAAAUGUGUUACAAUCCCUCGCUCACUGGAUGGUAGACUGCAAGUGUCCCACAGAAAAGGACUACCACAUGUCAUUUAUUGCAGGGUGUGGCGAUGGCCAGAUCUGCAGAGUCAUCAUGAAUUAAAACCUUUAGAUAUAUGUGAAUACCCAUUUAGUGCUAAACAGAAAGAAGUCUGCAUUAAUCCUUACCACUACAAAAGAGUAGAAAGUCCAGUGCUACCACCAGUCCUUGUUCCACGCUACAGCGAGUUUCCUGCAGGUCAUGGAUCACCACCCUCAUUGCCCCCAUUCCAACAAGCCCCAGAACCAGCAAUGCCACACAACAUUAGCUUUGACCCUAAUGGCUUUCACCCAUCCCAGGGACCCAAUUCUCCUGCUAGCUCAGGACCAGGCAGCCCAUACGGUUUGCCAGCUGGCACACCACCACCAGCAUAUCAACCACAUGAUGAUAAUGCUAAUGUGAAUAACCAAAAUAGAAACAACCAUCCACGACCCCACCAUCAGCCAAUGGACACAAUGCCAGCAUCCUCUCAUGGAAACAGAGUAGCAGGUAUGUCUGUAAAACUCACAGAUCUACAACCAGUGACUUAUCAGGAACCCCAGUUCUGGUGUUCCAUUGUCUACUAUGAGCUGAACAACAGAGUUGGGGAAGCCUUCCAUGCAUCACAAACAAGCAUUGUUGUAGAUGGAUUUACUGAUCCCUCCAACAAUGCAGAUAGAUUCUGCUUGGGAUUACUGUCAAAUGUUAACCGCAAUUCUACCAUAGAGAAUACCAGAAGACACAUUAGUAAAGGUGUGCAUUUGUAUUAUGUGGGAGGAGAGGUGUUUGCAGAAUGCCUGAGUGACUCUAGUAUAUUUGUUCAGAGUCGUAACUGCAAUUACCACCAUGGAUUUCAUCCCACCACAGUGUGCAAGAUUCCUCCAGGCUGCAGUUUGAAGAUCUUCAACAACCAAGAGUUUGCAGCUUUACUCAGCCAGUCUGUCAACCAUGGCUUUGAAGCUGUCUAUGAACUCACCAAAAUGUGCACCAUUAGGAUGAGUUUUGUCAAGGGCUGGGGGGCAGAGUACCACCGCCAAGAUGUGACCAGCACUCCCUGCUGGAUUGAGAUCCAUUUAAAUGGCCCACUGCAGUGGCUGGACAAAGUCCUAACUCAGAUGGGCUCACCUCACAACCCUAUCUCUUCUGUAUCCUGAUCGUCAAAACCCUCCGUCUCUCAAACCAAUCGAUCUCGAGGCCAAAAAAAUAUCACCGGUCACUCAGUGUUGUCAUGUACAUCGAAUUGUCAAGCUAAAAAUGGAGUUGUCCAACCAGAAUUACAAAAUUUAUGUUAUCUCAGAGUGUUUUUAUAUGUAAUUUACUCAACAAUUGUAUGAUGAACUAGCAGUUGUCUGUGCAUUCCAAACGAGUUAGUGCUUUGUAUAUCUGAGUUGCCUACCAUUGUCAGCUAUAGUAUAUUUAUAGAUAUCAUCAGUUUUGAGGUUGUAUUGUGUCUAAGGGUAAUCUUAACGAAAAUGGUAAAGUUCUUAAAAGUGGCAAAAAACCUGUAGAGAAGGAGAAAAUUGACACUCAAAGUCCACCAUUAUUUUUUAUGUUUGCAGAAAGAUGGUGAAUUGUAAAUUAUUUGAUAAAUGAAAGGGUAUAUAAAUGUAUAUAUAUUUAAUAGUAUGUCUGCAUGUCAACUUGAUUCUUGUUGUUAGUUCUGUGAUGUAAAUAUUGUGCUAUUCUAACAGUCCUUGCAUAUCUACUAACACUAUUUGUUGACACAAAAAGCCUUAAGCUUAGAUACUAGCAAUUAUGAAUAGUGAAUUAACCAGAUUUUUUUUUCUUGCUCACUCCAGUAGAAAUGCAGGGUGGCAUUAUUGAUGAUAAGUUAACACCGUUCUGGUAUUGUUACAUUUAAUAAAAGAUGAAUGUUGCCUGAUAGAAGGUUACAGUGGUGUGGAUUUUAAGGAAGUUAAUUGUAUUGUUUUCAGCAAACAUUAACUUCAAUUUAUGAUCCGCUAUACAGUGUAGUAUGGAAAUCCACAUACCAUGUUUAUUAAUGCAUGUGGAACUGAAAAAAAGUUAUAACUAAAUAUCAUAUUUACGUGAUUUUAUUAAUGAGAUAAAGGCCUUGUAGAGGUAUUUUCAACAACUGGAUAUAGUAUAAUUGCAUAUAUUAAAGAGAUAACAAUAUACUUAGCUUUCAAAGCUUAUGACAAAUUUUUCUUUCAGAUUUGAUUUUUUUUUUUUGCCUCCUCUUUAGCACAUGAACAAAAUAGCUAGUUCAUGUUUGUCAGUCCAAUUAACCACAUAUUGUUCCUUUCCAAGGUACUGUUUUGUACAUUUGAAGUUUUAGAAGAGGAGUUUGAUGCUAUAUUGACAGUGAAAGAAAAACUGUACUAGUCUUCAAAACAUUUUAAAACAUUCUAAACUGUAUAUUGGUGUUAGAAUUGAGAUUUCUACUUGAAACAUUUAUAUACUAACUGUUUGCUGACAGAAAUUUAUUUUUCAUUGUAUAAAUUUCCUAAGUAAGUGCUGGAUUUAUAAUUUUAUAGUUUAUGCUUGUUUAAAAUGAAAGAGCAACUGAUGUGAUAUAACAUUUUUACUUCAUUGUUUAUUAUUUUCUUGGUCACAAAUGUAUAUUCUCUGUUACAAAUGUACCUAUAUAAGAUGUAGAUUACUUAUUAUAUGCCAGUUCUAUUUGAUUCUUUAUGAUCAUAUGAUAAUUAUAUCACAGUCAUGGAUCUGCAAGUUUUGUGUAUUGUAUAAUUUGCAUUUGAAAUGGUCCCUGUAAACUUGAUCAAAUGGAAAACAAUAUCCAUGAAAUAUUAGUGUUCUGGUGUAUGAUAAGUAAUCUACAACUCAUCAGAUAUUGAUUUUUCUCUGGGAAAUAUCUCACAAUGAAUUGAUUUGCUCUUUCAGAAGGAAUCCCAGGUCAGGCUUAUGAAGAGUUGAAAAUAUAAGAAUUUUUACUAUUGUUGAUUUUUUUGAACUUUUUUAUAUAUAUUAUAUGAGUUAAUGUCAAACAAACAAAGAUAGGUUGUAUUUUUUAUUUUUGCAUUUUACUAUUUUGAGCAAUGUUUUUCAAUGAAGAUGUAAUAUUUUGUUGCUGGAUACAUAUUGACUUUUAUAAUGUAGAUUGCAGUUGGAGGCAGAUGAUUCCUAGCUUGUCAAAAAAAGGAUGUAAAAUAUUAAAUUUGUCUACUAACAUGUGUAAAUUAAUUCUCUACUUUUCACAUAUUAUGAUACAAGGGAGAAAUUUCUCGUCAGUUUAUGUAUUCCUGUGUAGUUACAGUGUAUUGAUGUGUAAUACCAGUGAGUUUAAAGGUCACACGGAACUUAGGAGGCAGCCUUUGUUUAGAUCUGAUCAUGCCAUAUUGAUUAACAUAACAUGGCAUCUUAACUUUUCUGUGUCCUUCAAAUAAUCAAGUUUUUUACACUACCAUUGCAAUUUUGUAGCUGGUAAAAUAUAUAGAACAAACUGUCUUAGCUUUUGAAAUGCCAAGAAUCUCUCCCAAGCUAUGUUUUAUAUCAUUUCAUUUCUUUUGCGAAACUUUGAUCUUUUUACAUUUAUUCAGUUUCACAAAGGUGUCCUUGUUAACCUGUGCAAUGCAUUUACCAUAAAAUUUAAGAAAUGUUGCAAUGAAUAAAAAAGCAUUACAUUAUUUACAGCAUGUAGUUGUCACCAGUAUUGAUGUGACAACUGCCUUUUUUGUCCUGCUUGUAGCUAUCACUGCAUGUAUCAAUAUACUGCUUCAGAUGUCAUCAGCUGCAUAAUAAAAAGAGAACCUUACAA